UAGGGGUGAUUUCAGCCCAGCGGCGACGGGAGCCGCCCCUUACCUCCAGUUCGGCGCCCGGAGUGACGGGGAUGACGCUGGGUGGGCAAAUUUAGGAGGAAAUACAAUUCUCCUGCUGGCGUCGAGGCAACGUUUGCCCUUCCCCCUCUCCCUUCCCGGGAGCAGGCUUGGUGCUCACCUCCGCCCCCCACUUUUGUAGUUUAAAGAAACACAUUUACUGUUGUCCAGUCGUGGUCCCUUUCGUGUUUUUUUAACCCGGUUUGCGCACUGCUUUGAGGUGGGGGAGGGUAGAAGAGCGCGGAAACUCCUUGACUUCUUAGCCCUUUGCUUCCUCCCUUUGGGUUAGGAGUUGGUGCUGCGUCUGUAACUAAAUCAUUUUUUCUCUUUACUCUCAUUUUAGGACCGGGAAUCACCUUUAGGCCAAUCUGGUGAAGCUUUGGCAGAAAUUAAGGAGGAAAACAUUUCUUUUUCCUCCAGCUAGCAUCACAGCAGGAGAUACAUAAUCUAGUUGUCACACUAGUGGUGAUUCUACCAAGGACCACUGAAUUGGUAGUGACAGCCUGAUCCCUCCAUUAUGAAGGUUCUUUAGCAUGGAUAAAUGUUCAUUGGGAGGAUUAGACUUGACUGAACAGACUCCUGUUUUAUUAGGGAGUAAAGCCAUGGCGGCUAGUCUCACGGAUGUAGGAAAUUCAUUUGGUGACUCAACUAGUCCUUUAGUUAAUAGAUCUAGAAACUCAUCGACGGAAGAUGAUGAUGAUGAUGAUGUUGUAUUUAUUGAAUCUAUACAGCCUCCUUCAAAUUCUCCUCCAGCAAUAGCUGAUCAAAGAAACUUUAAAUUUGCUUCCUCAAGAAAUGAAAAGCUACGAGGAAAUUAUUCCGUAAUUCUUCCUUCCUCAAGAGAGUUGGCUUCUCAGAAGGGAAAUACAAGUGACACAAUUGUCAUUGAUGAUGAAGAGGAUGUAGAAACAAAUGGAGGGAAAAAGAAAAAUUCUUCCAGUUUUAUUGAGUGGGGACUUCCUGGAACUAAAAACAGAGCCAAAGAUUUGGAUUUCUCCACUUCCAGUCUUUCAAGAAGUAAGACCAAGACUGCAGUAGGACCUUUUAAUCCUGGUAGAAUGAAUGUGGCAGGAGAUGAAUUUCAGAAUGGAGGAUUUGCAACUCAUCACAGUCCUGAUUCUUGGAUCUCCCAGUCAGCAUCAUUUCCCCGUAAUCAGAAACAGCCAGGGGUGGAUUCUUUAUCACCAGUGGCCUCCCUUCCUAAACAGAUUUUCCAGCCUUCAGCCCAACAGCAACCCACUAAACCAGCUAAAAUCACUUGUGCAAACUGCAAAAAACCUUUACAGAAGGGACAGACAGCUUAUCAACGAAAAGGAUCAGCUCACCUCUUUUGUUCUACCACCUGCCUUUCCUCCUUCUCUCAUAAGCGUACUCCAAAGAAGCGCAAUGUAAUAUGUAAAAAAGAUGCAUCUACAAAAAGGGCUACUAUUGUUCCUCAAGUGGAGUCAAGUGAAUUCUUCCAAGAAUUUUGUAGUACAUCUUGUUUGUCUCCCUAUGAAGACAACCAGAAUCUUAGGAAAAGAGUUCUGAAUAAAUCAAGAUGUACAAUCUGUAGUAAACUAACAGAGAUUCGUCAUGAAGUCAGCGUUAAUAAUGUGACACACAAACUGUGCAGUAACCAGUGCUUCAAUAAAUACAGGUUGGCCAAUGGUCUCAUAAUGAAUUGCUGUGAACAGUGUGGCGAGUACUUGCCCAGUAAAAGUUCUGGGAACAACAUCCUGACCAUUGAAGGUCAGCAGAUGAGAUUUUGCUGCCGAAGUUGUGUUAAUGAAUAUAAACAGGAAUCUUUGCCUACCAAGAUGAUGAAGACAUUUACCCAUGUUUUCUUCUAGAAACUUUUUAGUUUUAGAUUUUAUAUUUAAGUCUGUGAUCCAUCUCAAGUUAAUUUGUGUGUGGUGUGAGGUAGAGGUUAAGGAAUUAUCAUCUACCUAAUUUUAAGAUGUUAAAAAUCUCAAAACAUCACAUGUACCCCAUAAAUAUGUACUUUUUUAUUUUUUGAGGAAGAUUGGUCCUGAGCUAACAUCUGUUGCCAGUCCUCCUCCGUUUUUCCUCUUUUCUCCCCAAAGCAGCAGUAGACAGCUGUAUGUCAUAGUUGUACAUCCUGCUAGUUGUUCUGUGUGGGACUCGGCCUCAGCACGGCUUCAUGAGCAGUGUGUAGGUCCGUGCCCAGGAUCCGAACCAGCAAACCCCAGGCCGCCAAAGCGGAGCACGUGAACUUAACUGCUACGCCAUCAGGCUGGCCCCUAUACACAAUUUUUAUUUAUCAAUUAUACCUUAGUAAAGCUGGAAAAAAGACAUUAAAAAGCUACAGUAAUCAAGAUAGUGUAGUGUUGGCAUAUAAAGAUAAACAAAUAGAUCAAUGGAAUAGACAGUCCAGAAAUAGAACCAUGUAUAUAGUCAAUUGAUUUUAGAAGGUACUAAAUCAUUUUAAUUGGGAAAAGCAAGAUCUUUUUAACAAAUGGUGCUGGGAUAAUUUUUUGUUUGUAUGGAAAUACAUGAGCCUUGACCCCCUUUUAUCCUAUAUACAAAAAUUAAUUCAAGAUGGGUUAUAAAUGUAAAACUAGAAACAUUCUUAACCCCUGUUUCACUGGCUACAGAUUUAAGUAGUUAGCUUUUAGGGAAAAGUAACUCUGAGGUGCUAGCCUUAUUGAACAGUUGAAGAAACAGUGAUACCCACAGUUCACUUUAGGGUUUUGCAGGAAAGGCUUAUUUAUGUUAUCUUUAUUAUUUUCUUUAUAUAUACUGCACCUCAUAUUUAACAAAGCCUUUGGAUGUGGCUUAUAGAAGAGUACAAUGAACAGUUAAAAAAUAGGCAAAAAGACCUAGCAUAGGGUAUCUUUUCAAAAGAGUCAUGGCAAAUAUAACCUAGUGAACUUCUGAUUUGGUAAUAAAUGACUGUUAGGUCUUAAUAUUUUUACAUGUCUUUUUUUUAUGGAUGAUUUACCUAUAUCUGCUUAGACUGUGAGUUUUUGCUAAGUUAAAGUCAGUGAGCUCAUAAACUUUAGACAAAGAUAAUGCUUAUCUCUGAAAACCAUAAAACUUGCACAUAGAUUAUCACUUUUUACUCCUAAAUGAACACCAGAAGAGGCAAAAAUGGGAAAAUAUGCAUAGUCACAAUAGGCAGCAACCAUAUAUCCAGACUUUCUUGAAUACCUGUUGUCUGCCACUCUGAUCUCCAGAAGAAAGUCUGUUUAUUCUACCAUGUGUAUAUCAGUAAUACAAAGUAGCUCAUAAAUAAAAGCUCAUAGUUGGCAAAUAUAGGAAUAUUUCCGUAUGAUAUAGAAGUUUUACAAAUGUACUUCUUCCUCCCCCCCCACAUUAAUAUUUUUAAGUGAUUAGUGGCAGGCCUUCUCACAAUAGAAAGCCUUAGUGAUAUAUGAAGACCUUAAGGAAAAGUUGAAAUCUUGCAGUUAGUGUCUUGUCUCAGAAUAGCAUACACAGUCAUAAAAUGUAAAGACUAAAUCUUAUCCUUAUCCAGUGACCUAACCAGAGGUGUUUUUGUCCCCCUGGGAACAUUGGGCAAUGUCUGUAAACAUUAACUGGGGGAGUGCUGCUGGCAUCUAGUGCUUAAGGGCCAGGGAUGCUUCUAAGCAUCCUGCGGUGCGCAGGACAGUCCCUCACAACAAAGAGUUAUCUGGCCCAAGAUGUCAGUAGUGCCAAAGUUGAGAACUCUUAUAACCAAAGGGAUAAGUAGGUGGCUGGAUGGUUGAGUGUGUGUGGUAAACAUAGUGAGAAGGAAAAGAACUAAAUUUUCAUCUUUGUUAUUGAGAAGUCAAUGGUGAUGCCUAAAACUGGGAGGAAAAAUCAAUAAAUAGUGAUGUAUAAACAUGUUAGUUUGAUAUUUAGAAAUAAACGCCAGAAGAAUUGGCUAAAAGUGUUGAAAGUGGUUAACUUCUCAGAAAGGGGAAAUGGAUGAAGGUAGUAGGGGGCUGCUAUUUGUUUUAAUUAAUCAGGUAUAACUAGUUGUUGCUUUAUACCAAAUGUAUAUUUAGUUUUGAUUAAAUAAAACCUUUAAAAUUUGUUAAAAAUACUGAAGGUCAGAGAAAGUAUCUUACCCAGAGUCACACAGCUAGAUUUGACCUCACAUCUGAAACUUUAUUAGUAUACUGUAAUGCCUCUGCUAGAAAUAUUUAAUUAAUUAUACCUGUGCCUUAUCUCACAUAAUAAGCCCUUGGUUCCCUGGGGCUGGGACCUAUAUCUGAUUCAAUUUAGUAAUCUCCAAAUAACUAGCCUUAUAUGUGGGGUGACUCAGCCACCUAGCUGGGACACUUCUGAGAGUGAAAUGAGAUUCUGUUAGUAAAUAUAGGGCUAUCUUAGUACCUUUCUUUCCAGUAAUUUUUUUUUCCCGUUUUUUAGAGGCUUUAGUUGAUUGUGGCCUACCUCACCUGCCUUUUAUUUGGCUUCAGUUUUCAUUCAGGUCAUCAUUAAAAUGUUCUUUGUGCUAGAAUAAUGUAGUACUGCCCUAAAGUAUUUUUGAACUUCAUUUUCAAAGAAUCUCAGAUGAAUGUCCCUGGAGAGAGUGCCUGAGUGACAUGGAUGAGAAAGACAAGCAGCUAACCUUGGAACCUAGAGUAUAAUGCAGAAAAUCCGUGAGCCUUUGCACCAAGGAGUAGCUGGGUCAGCCACCUUUGUGUUCAGUUCUUUGCUGUUAGACCAUAUUGAGUAAUUGUCAAACAAUUACAAGUAUCCUUGAUUGAAUGUAUGCCAAUAAUAAAGCUAACAUAAGUUUACUAUGGUGCCACAUACAGCUUUACAUGUAUUUUGCAUUUAAUCAUCUAAACAAUCUCCUUUUGUUGUUAGUGUCUCCAAGUCUAUUCUGACUCUUAGUGAACCUGGACAGCAGAGGAGAACCCUGCCUCCAUCUUUUUGCACCGUCCUCUCACCUUCUGGUGCUGUAUCAGACAAUGCUCUGCUCCUAUUCAUAGUGUUUUCAAUGGCCAGUUUUUUCGGGAGUGGGUGCCCAGGUCAUUCUUCCUUGUCUGUCUAGUCUGGAAGCUCCACAGAAACCUGUCCACCAUGGGUGACCCUGCUGGUAUUUGAAAUACCAGUGGCAUAGCUUGCGGUGUCACAGCAACACGCACCUGCCACAGUAUGACAAUCGACAGAUGGGUGGUAUAGUUCCCUGAAUGGGAAAUGAACCCAGGCCAAGACAGUGAGAGCACCAAAUCUUAACCGCUACCCCACCAGGGCUGGCUAAACAAGCUCCCUAGUUAGGUGCAAUUAAUACCCUCAUUUUAUUGCUGAGAAACUGAAACUUAGGUAGGUAAGUAACUUGCCCAAGAUCAUACCGUUGGGAAGUGGCCCAUCCAUUGAGAUGGAUGAGACAACUUGACUACCUAUUCAUUACCAAGAAACUCAGGAAGGAAAGAUAAGACCAUAGCAAAAAAUAACACUAACUACAGUCCUUGGCUUUCUCUUUCUUUUUAUAUCUGCUCUUCUAGUACAGUCUUAUCCAAUCCCAUAGUCUUAAUUAAUAUAUUUUUUGAUGACCUCCAAAAUAUAUUUGCAGAUCAUAUUUCUUCAGUUUCAGACCAAUAUAUCCAUGUAUAAUCUCUACUCGAAUGUUGCACAGAUACUUCAUACUCUGUGUCUAGAACUAGAACUCUAAACCUGCUUUCCUUCUUUGUUCAUAUCAGUAAAUGAUCCCACCGUGCAGAAGCUUAGGACCAUUCUUGACUCUUCCCUUUUCCUUAGUCCCAAGACCACUCAGUUACCAACUAAUCCAUAUUCUACUUUCUGGAUAUCUCUCAACUCUGUCCUGUCUCUGCUCCUCUCAUUCUAGACAUAGCCACCAUCAUCUCUUGCCAGAUUUGAUUACUACCACAGCUUCCUGUUACUGUACCUUUGGUCUUCCUUACAGUUGGAAAUCCAUAAUAUAAUCAGAGCAACCUUAGUAAAGUACAAAUUUGACCAUGUCACUCCUGCUUUUUUUACUUCAGUGCUGCCACAUUGCUUUCAGGGUUAAAUCAGAACAAAGCUCUUCUGGGGCCGGCCCGGUGGCGCAAGCAGUUGAGUGCGUGUGCUCCGCUGCGCUGGCCCCAGGGUUCGCUGGUUCGGAUCCGGGGCGUGCACCGCCUCACGGCUUGUCAGGCCAUGCUGUGGCGGCGUCCCAUAUAAAGUGGAGGAAGAUGGACACGGAUGUUAGCCCAGGGCCAGUCUUCCUAAGCAAAAAAGAGGAGGAUUGGCAGAUGUUAGCUCAGGGCUGAUCUUCCUCACAAAAAAAUAAAAAAAUAAAUAAAUAAAUAACAAAGCUCUUCUUAGUUUCUUAAGUUCCAUUGUAUAUAGUAUUUAAGUUGCGCUGUGUACAGAAAUAUUACAGCUAACAGGAUGCCAUUCACAUUGUAUACAUCUUGGUUAUGUUGAAUGUUUUUUUUGCAUUUUUAGUUUAUUGACUCCAAAAUAGCUAAUGUCUUUUUAUUACAUGGAAUCAUACAGUAUGUGGUACUUUGUCAGUGGCUUUCACAUACACUGUUUUCAAGUUGUAGCAUAUAUCUUUACUUGUUGUUAUUGCCAAAUAAUAUUCCAUGGCAUGGAUAAUACUGCAUUUUUAUUUAUCUAUCAGUAAUGGACAUUUGAAUUAUUUCUGCUUUUUGGCUAUUAUGAAUAAUGUUGCUAUGACAUUUUGUACAAGUCUUUGUAUGGACAUAUAUUUUCAUUUUGGCAUUGCUGGGUCAUAUGGUAACUCUGUUUAACUUUUGAGGAAUUGCCAGAUUGUUUUCCAAGGCAGCUGCACCAUUUUACAUUCCCACCAGCACCUUAGGAAGCUUUUAGUUUUUCCACAUCUUUGUCCACUUGUCAUUAUCUAUCUUUUUAUUAUAGCCAUCCUAGUGAGUGUGAAGUGGUAUGUGGUGGUUUUGAUUUGAUUUGUAUUUCUUUGAUGACUAAUGUUGAGCACCUUUUCGUGUGCUUGUGCAUUUUGUAUAUACAUUAAUUUUCUUAGUGUUAACCAUUCCAAGAUAAAUUUGUAAUCUGUUGCU